AUGAUUGAAAUCUUCGCCAGCUGGCGAGAUAUCGUUGACAAAGUAUACGACAAAAUGCUUCAAGACGCCGGGUUCGUGGACGUAGAAAAGAGGAUCGUCACCUGGCCCUUUGACGCAUGGCCCGAAGACCCCAAGCUCAAGCACAUGUGCUUCUUGGGCCCAGAAGGUUCUGCCUUGGCCAGUGUCGAGGUUGUACCGAUGGCCAUCUCUACAUCUGUGCUCGGCCAGGGCCAGUAG